CAAGAAAUACCAAAACAUUGUGGUUAAAGUAAAAUAAUAUAAAAUACAUUAUUUGGCUAGCGCUUAGCACCGAAUUAAAUCUCUACAAGACAGAAAGAAAUACAUAUUUUUGUUUGUAACGAGUUCCAUAAUUUAUCAUAUACAGCUUCAAUUAUUUUGCCUAUGUGAUACACGAAACUGUAAAAUAAGAAACUAUAACAAAGAUGAAUGCUGAAUGUGCUUUUGGUGAUGGAGCGAAGGUAGAAAAAGAGGCCCCAUCUCUCCCUUCAAAUCAUCGUUUUCUUGAACCAGAGAAAGCAGUUAAAACAAUCACAGAUAUGGCAAUUUGGGAGAAAUCAGAGGCUUAUAUGGAAUACACAGGCUUUAUUGUCACAUUAAAUGAGGCUAUCAGAGGGAAACCACUCUCAGUUGACUGUAAAAUAUCCCCUAACAUUAAAAAACUUGGUGAAUUACUUGAUAAAAUUAAUAAUUUAAUUGAUGCAUUUCCCCCAAUUGAGCAGCCACAAAGGUUUGGAAAUGUGGCAUUCAAAGAUUGGUUAAAUCAAGUCAGGUUGAAUUCAACACCAUAUCUUCAGGAAGCAUUAGAUCCGAAACUGCACUUAGCCAUACCAGAAAUCAAAGUGUACCUUGAAGAGAGUUUUGGUAACUCAACUAGAAUUGAUUAUGGUACAGGACACGAAAUGUCUUUCAUUAUGUUUUUGUGCUGUCUAUACAAAAUAAGUUGCUUACAAUUAGAUGAUAAUGUGUCCACUGUGUUCAUAUUGUUUAAUAAAUAUUUGAAAAUUGCAAGGAGAUUGCAGCAGACAUAUAGAAUGGAACCAGCAGGUAGUCAUGGCGUAUGGAGUUUAGAUGAUUACCAGUUUGUACCAUUUAUCUGGGGUAGCUCCCAGCUCAUCGAUCAACCCAGAAUAUAUCCACCUGCCAAAUUUGUUGAGGAAGAUAUAAUUGAGAAAUAUUCAAAUGAUUACAUAUUUUUAUCGUGCAUUAAGUACAUUAAGGAAGUAAAGAAAGGUCCGUUUGCAGAACACUCGAAUCAAUUAUGGAGUAUAAGUGCUGUGGGGUCUUGGGCCAAAAUAAAUCAGGGUCUCAUAAAAAUGUAUAAGAAAGAGGUGCUCGCCAAGUUUCCUGUUAUUCAGCAUGUAUUAUUUGGAUCUCUUUUACCGAUACGUAGAUUUCCUAUUCAACAAUAAGUUUUUAUUUUAUUUGCCUAAACAGUAUCAUUAUUGUAUUAGUAUACAUUGUGCUUGUGUUGUAGGAACUUAUCCUAAAUGUGAUAUUAAUUAUAAUCCUUUUAAAAAAAAAUUGGCUUAAUACUCUGUAAUUUAUUAUUUGUUGAUAUUCCUUUUUUAUUAAAUGAUAAA